AUGAAUUCCGACCCAUUAGAACUAUCCAGUAUCGCACUCGCGGCCUCAGUCAUAGGACGCGAGCGCCAGGAUUCCUCGUUGCUAGAUCUAGGUCUAAAGUGUUACACCCAAGGACUCAAUCAGCUGCGCAGGGCUUUGCGUCACCCUCUCCUCAUGGAAGAGGAUUCAACUCUGGCUGCUUGCAUGGCACUCAAUCUCUACGAGACUAUCGAAUGCCCAAGUAAAGUAUCCGAUGGUUAUUUCAGCCACUGUUAUGGUCUUUUAGCUUUGAUUCAAGCUCGUGGCGUCGAGCGACACUCAUCGGGCGCGGGAUACCGUUUAUUUUUGGGGAUCAGAGUACCAGGGAUUCUGUACGCUUUGAAUCGGAGUGCAUCUACCAUUUUAUUUGACCCCUUAUGGAUGGAUGGGCCUUGGAAAGAGUCACCGAAGACUCAUCUCGACCGCGUUAUAGAUUGUCUUGUUGCAGCGCCCGGGAUUUUAGAGCGCGUGCCUUUAUUGGCAUACCUGGACCCGCAUCAACAAGCAGAGUUGGUGCUUGAGCUUGUAGAUGAAUGCUGGCAGGUUGAUAAUAAAUUGGAUAUGAUUGACAGCGAAAUUCAGUCUUCCAGUUUAUCCCCGCUCUAUACUACGGUGCCGUCUCAAAUCAACCCACUGGCCGACCAAGACGACUGUAUAAACAUGUUUCCGCUUGCAUUUUCCUUUUCCGAGCCCGCCAUAUCCUCAGCACUUAUACUGUUAUGGGCAACACGUUCAAUGCUUUGGUCAGGACUUGGCGGUCUUUACAAGCAUUAUGAAAUGCUGAGAGGGUAUUAUUCUGUGAACUCCGCAUUAUUGAACGAACAUACGUCCAUUUGCGAACAUUCUGGAUCAAUGAAAUGUCUUCCCGCCUUGGAACAUCGAGAGGAUUAUCUUUCCAUGGCACACAAUGUCUGCCAAUCCAUCGAAUAUUUCCUGCAAGAUGAUAUGGGCAUGAUCGGUGCUUUGUCGGUUACUCCUGCAAUCGGCCUUGUACUCGAUGCCCUAAAGAAUUGGCCGAACAACUCCGAAGAAUCCAAAUGGCUUCAUGCGUCUCUGGGUUUCAUCGGACGCAAAGGUGCCCGCGUGCUGGAUUAUUACACACGACAAAACAGCCCGUCAAAUACCGUGACAUGA